AUACCACACCAGAGAGAGAGAGAGAGAGAGAGAGAGCAAGGCAAACAGACCAAGGAACGGACCAUUGUAUUGUAACCGUGUUGUAAUGGAGAUAUCGACUCAAAUAGUAUUUUGAUUAUCGUUAGCCUCUUGAUCUCGCCAGUUUGCAGCAGCAGGACUGAAGUCAAAUUUUCUAUGCUAUAAUGUUGGCAAUUUGGGUUUCGUGCAGAUAUUGAGCUUUCCCGGAUAUGGGUUCUUUCUUUAGUAUGGCUAAUACCAAAUCCAGUCGAAGUGAGUCUAAUGAGGUCUCUCCAAAUGAGAGCUGCAAGAGGCAAAGAAUAUCACCUCCCUCUGUUGAAGAAUGUCCAAGACUUAUUCCUAAUCUCCCUGACGAGUUAUCACUUCAGAUUAUUGCUAGACUUCCUAGAAUUUGUUACUACCAUGUACGACUGGUGUCUAGGAAGUGGAAGGACACUAUCACAAGUUCAGAAUUAUAUAAAGUAAGGAAAGAACUUGGAACAACUGAAGAGUGGCUAUAUCUAUUGGUUAGGAUUGGAGAAAAUAAACUCUUAUGGCAUGCCUUAGACCCCCGUUCUCAGAUAUGGCAGAAGCUUCCUAUAAUGCCCAAUGUUGUUGAUGAAGAAGAAUCCCAAAAGGCUUCUUCUAGGCUUUGGAUGUGGAACAUGGUAGAAGGCAUCAGAAUUGCUGAAAUUAUUAGAGGACUGCUUGGGCAGAAGGAUGUGUUGGAUGAAAUGCCCUUUUGUGGUUGUGCCAUUGGUGCUGUUGAUGGAUGUCUUUAUGUUCUAGGUGGAUUCUCAAAAGCUUCAACCAUGAGAUGUGCUUGGCGAUUUGAUCCAAUACAAAAUGCAUGGAAGAAGGUGACUUCUAUGUCUACAGGUAGGGCUUACAGUAAGACAGGCAUCUUAAAUAACAAGCUUUAUGUUGUUGGAGGGGUUAGUCAAAGUCAAGCUGGACUGAUUCCUCUUCAGUCUGCAGAGGUUUUUGACCCCCGCACAGGUACAUGGUCCCAAGUACCUAGUAUGCCAUUCUCAAGAGCUGGAGUCCUGCCCACAGCCUUUUUGGCUGACAUGUUAAAGCCUAUUGCCACAGGGUUAACCCCAUACAAGGGGAAGUUAUACGUUCCCCAAAGUUUAUAUUCAUGGCCCUUUUUUGUUGAUGUUGGGGGAGAAAUAUAUGAUCCUGAAACAAAUUCAUGGAUGGAAAUGCCAACUGGAAUGGGUGAGGGCUGGCCUGCUCGGCAGGCAGGUACAAAGUUGAGUGUUGUAGUGAAUGAUGAAUUAUAUGCUUUUGAUCCUUCUAAUUCCGUGGAUAGUGGAAUGAUCAAGGUAUAUGAUCACAGAGAAGAUGCAUGGAAAGUUGUCAUUGGAAAAGUCCCUAAAUAUGAUUUUACUGAUUCAGAGUCUCCAUAUCUACUUGCUGGUUUCCAUGGAAAGCUUCAUUUCAUUACAAAAGAUGUCAAUCAUGAUAUUGCUGUUUUGCAGGCUGAUCUGCACAGUAAUUUGGAUUCUUCACCAUCCACCUCAACACCUCUAUCACCCAAGUAUAUGAAUGGAUUAUUUCCAGAAUCUGCUGCUGAAACUGAUGCAGUUGUUUGGAAAGUAGUUGCCAGUAGGGGUUUUGGGCAGGCUGAACUGAUUAGUUGCCAAGUUAUUGAUAUCUAAACUGAUACCAAGCAACAAAUCUGACAACCAAGAUGUCAGUUUAUUGGAAGUUAUGCAAUCUCUUCUACAGUGAAGGGAGUGCACUUUAGAUGGUAAGUGCACUAUUAGCAUUGAUUAGAAAAUCAAUGGUUGAGAUUUAUACAUGUGUUUGAUUUUAUAAAAAUACUCAACCACUGCUUUUUAAUCAAUAGUUAAAAGUGUAUUUUAUUCUCUAAAGUACAUUUCUUUACUUUAGAGGAGCCGGAUCCAGUUUCCUAACCUAGGUGCAUGAUGACAAUGAAUGCUAUAAGUCUCUGUAUUUAGUUUAUAUAUAAUAUCAGGUAAAUAUGUAUGUCCCAUAGAAACUGUCAGCUUCGACAAUGAUGUGCUUGUUGCUAGUCAAAUGCUCAAAUUUAUUACUAU